AGUGUGGAGAAUUGCUGGGCCAAAUUAAGCGCUAAAUAAAGUUAUUUUUGCACCAAUUCUGGCCGUUCGGUAGCUGGCAAUCGCUUGAUCAAAAGCCCAUUAAGUACGAUGGCUUCUAAGACGGUGGGAAAGAAAUUCAAGUGGGGUCUGGAUUUCAACACCAAGCCCCGAAGCAGCACCUCGGAAAUUCCGGCCCCUCCUGGCUACAAUCCGUCGGCAGAAGUGGCCAGCAACAAGGUGGCGAAUCCCACGGACCAGAGCCAUCUCAUAUUGAAAAAAUCGUGGGAAAUCGCGCUGGGACCGAUCAAGCAGUUUCCGAUGAACCUGGUCAUCAUGUACAUGUCCGGAAACUCGAUCAGCAUCUUCCCGAUCAUGAUGGUGGUGAUGAUGUUUAUACGGCCGGUGAAGAUGAUGCUGUCCACACAUUCCACAUUCAAGGUGAUCGAAGGCGUAUCGGCCACCGGGCAGAAACUAGUCUUUCUGCUGGGCAACCUAGUUAACAUUGGGCUAGCGCUCUACAAAUGCCACAGCAUGGGACUUCUGCCAACGCAUGCCUCCGAUUGGCUGGCGUUCGUGGAGCCGCAGGCCCGGUUGGAGUAUUCCGGCGGCGGCAUUUCACUGUUCUGAGUAUCACCACCACGCGCACAUUGAUUCCGGUUUUAGUGCAUUUUGUGAAAUGUCUGUAUUUAUUUUCCUCUGCUGAACGUACCACGUGAUGUGUGGUCAAAGAAAAUAAAAAAAGGUGAA